CGUACUGUUGGGAAGAUUCAGCAAUUAUUUUGGUUGACUGACCAUGGAAGAAGAUAAAGUUAUCAAAUAUCUUAUUGUCCGUUUCAUUGCUACAUUAACCCUGCACUGCACUGAGUCAUUGGCAUAAAAGCUAGCAGCACUUGAAUCCAUACCAUGGAUUUCGAUUUUGAUUGUAGGGCUCUUCUUUCUGUUUUCCUUCAUGUUGUAUUAGAGAAGCUAGCCUUUACCGAAAUUCUCGAUUUCUUUCGUGCAAGAAAGCUUGAUCACAAACUGCUGAACAAAUUGAAAACCAAAUUGAAUUCCAUCGAUUCUCUGGUUGAUGAUGCAGAACGAAAGCAAUUCACGGAUCCACAUAUCAGAAAAUGGCUGCUUAAGGUUAAAGAUGCUGUCUUUGAUGCAGAGGAUCUCUUGGAUGAUAUACAGAAGCUCUCCAAAAGAGAAGUGAAUUCUGAAUCUGAACCUCAAAGCACUAGUGGUUGUACUUUCAAGGUACUCAAUUUCUUCAAAUCUUCUCCUAUUAGUUCCUUUGACCAGGAAAUUGAGUCUAGGAUGCAAGAAGUCAUUGACAACCUAGAAUAUCUCUUAAGUCAAAAGGGUUAUCUAGGAUCGAAAACAACCAGAGGUGAUAGAUAUGGGUUGAGUAAUGAACGACCACAGAAAUUCCCCUCAACUUCGUUGGAUGUUGGAACUGAUAUUUAUGGUAAAGAUCAUGUUAAAGAAAAGAUUUUGGACUGGCUAAUAUCCAAAAACAACGAUCCUAACCCGCUAUCAAUACUUUCUAUUGUGGGAAUGGGUGGGGUGGGUAAGACCACUCUUGCUCAACAUGUAUACAAUGACCCAAGAGUGAAUGAGGCUAAAUUUGACGUCAAAGCUUGGGUUUAUGUUUCAGACGAAUUUGAUGUUUUCAAAGUAUCAAAAACAAUUCUUGAGGUGGUUACUAUGUCAAUUGAUGAUAGUAGAGAUUUAGAGAUGGUCCACAGAAGAUUGAAAAAAGAAUUGUCAGAAAAAAGAUUUCUUCUUGUUUUGGAUGAUGUUUGGAACAAAAAUAAAUUUAAAUGGGAAGAAUUACGGGAGCCCCUUCUUUCCGGAGCCCAAGGGAGUAAGAUUUUAGUCACUACACGUAAUAAGGACGUUGCUUGUACCAUGCAGUCAGAAGAACUCUCUCUAGAGCUAUUACAGGAAGAUGAUGGCUGGAAGUUGUUUGCUGAACAUGCAUUCCGAGAUUAUGAUAUUCAAUCAUAUGCAGAGUUCAGGGAGAUUGGCAUGAAGAUAGUUAAACAAUGUAAAGGACUACCUAUUACCUUGAAAACAAUAGGAAGCCUAUUAUACAACAAAGCAUCUGUUUCAGAGUGGGAAAGUGUGUUCCAAAGCGAAAUAUGGGAAUUUUCACAAGAGCAUUGUGAUAUUAUCCCUGCUUUAGCACUGAGCUAUAUCCAUCUUCCUUCCCAUCUGAAGAUCUGCUUUGCAUAUUGUGCCCUGCUACCCAAGGAUUAUGAGUUUAAGAAGGAGCAUUUGAUGCACUUGUGGAUGACUGAAAAUCUCCUACACUAUUGUCAACAUAGUAAGACUCCAGAAGAAGUUUGCGAAGGAUACUUCAAUGAUCUAUUGUCAAGAUCCUUCCUCCAAAAAUCAAGUAAAAAGGAAUUAUUUGUCAUACAUGACCUUCUAAUUGAUUUGGCAAAAUAUGUUGGUGGGGACAUGUACUUCAAGUGGAAAGUUGAUAAAGAAGAGAAGAUACAAAAAGAAACUUGUCAUUUUUCGGUUGAUCUUGGAUCUAAUCAAUAUUUUGAUGGGUUUGGAACAUUAUGUAAUAUAGAAAGGUUACGUACAUUUAUGCCAACAGGUAGGAGCAUUGAUUAUUUCUCGCAUUGGAGUAUCAAUAUGUUGAUAAAUGAACUUUUCUCCAAAUUUAAGUUCUUACGAAUCUUAUCUUUAUCUCAUUGUUCUGACAUUAAAGAGGUACCUGACUCUAUAGGCAAUCUUGAGUAUCUUCGUUCUUUAGACCUCUCUAAUACAACAAUAAAAAAACUAACAGAAAAGAUAUGUUCACUCUCCCAUUUACAAAUACUGAAGUUGAACUACUGUACAAAGUUGGAGGAGUUACCCUCAAAUUUGCAUCUGCUCACCAAUUUGUGUCGCCUUGAAUUUAUGAAGACUAAAGUGAGAAAGGUGCCAUUGCAUUUGGAAAAACUGAAGAAUCUUAAAGUAGUAAUCAAUUCCUUUAAUGUUGGCCAUGGCAUCGACUUCGGAAUUCAAAGGCUGGGAGAGCUCAACCUUGAGGGAAGUCUGUCAAUUGAGGAGCUGCAGAAUAUUGAGAAUCCUCUGCAUGCAUUGCAAGCAGAUUUGGGGAAUAAAACAUUCCUUGAGAAGAUAAAAUUGCGAUGGGGUGGGGAUAGGAACAGUGUUAAUUCAGAAAAAGAAGGGGGCGUAAUUGAGAAUCUACAACCUUCUAAAGAAUUGAAGGAGUUGUCUAUCUUCAGUUAUGGUGGCAAACAAUUUCCAAAUUGGUUACUAGAAAAUUCAUUGCGGAAUAUGGUGUUGUUAGAGUUGGAUGAAUGUGAAUCUUGCCAACGUUUACCUCCGCUGGGUCUUCUGUUAUUACUUAAGGUCUUGAAAAUUAGAAAACUUGAUGGUAUAGUGAGAAUUGAUGCUGAUUUUCAUGGGAACACAUCUUCUUCAUUUAAAUCCCUAAAAACAUUGGAGUUCUCUGAUAUGAGUCAAUGGGAAAAGUGGGAUUGUCAAGCUGUGAUAGGUGCUUUUCCACGUCUACAACAUCUUUCUAUAAGUUCUUGUCCCAAACUUAAAGGACACCUUCCAGAGCAAUUUGUUCCUUUGAAAACACUACGGAUUACAGAUUGCCAAGGACUUCAGUCUUCCGCUCCCAGGGCUCUAGAUUUAGAACUACGUGAUUGUGGAAAUCUACAGUUGAACUGGGCUACCAUGAAAAGGCUGAAAAUGGGUGGCCACAACAUGGAAGCAUCAUUGCUGGAAAUUGUUGGGUCUGACACUCUUCAACACUUACACAUUUAUUCAGUCUCGAAGCCAACCGGUGAUGGCUAUGUAUCUCUAUGGACAUUUCCAUUAGAUUUCUUCCCAACACUCAGGACCCUAAAUCUCAGUGGGUUUGGUAAUCUACAGAUAAUUUCACAGGAUGACGUUCAUAAUCAUCUCGAUGAUCUGACAAUCAAAAACUGCCCCAAAUUUGAGUCAUUGCCUGCAAACAUGCAUACACUGCUUCCAUCUCUCAGUUGGUUAUACUUAGAAGACUGUCCAAGACUUAAGUCGUUCCCUGACAGAGGUUUGCCAUCAAAUUUAUAUGACAUAACACUCAAUAAUUGUUCUAGACUUGUUGACUCCCUGAAAUUCAGAGACAGAUCCACUUUGAAAAGGUUGUCCAUUAAAGAAUUGGAUGUAGAAUGUUUUCCUCGUGAAGCUUUGCUUCCACACUCUCUUACUUCUUUAGCCAUCCGUGAUUGUCCAAAUCUAAAAACACUGAACUAUAAAGGGCUUUAUCAACUCUCGUCUCUUAAUUCAUUGGUUCUUGUUAAGUGUCCCAACCUCCAAUGCUUACCAGAGGAGGGUCUUCCCAAAUCAAUUUCAUAUCUUUGUAUUGACGAAUGUCCUUUGCUCAACCGGCGUUGUAAGAAAGAAAGAGGCAAAGACUGGAAAAAGAUUGCUCACAUUCAAGACCUGGAUAUAUGGUAGUGAAGGGUUUGUUUUGAAUACUAGGCUACAAUUUAUUUUUCUUUUUUUUGGAUGUGUAUGAACUACUUUUCUUUUUCGUUGGCACUCCUGCAAAAAGCUUAUGACAACCCUUUCCAUCAAUUUUUUUUUUUAACACCAUAAUUAU